AUGAGUCAGGUCAGCCCUUCUCUCAGACAUUUCUUCUUCAGCUUCAACGUCUUCUUUUUGCUCAUAGUGGGACUCGUUAUUGUCACAGCUCCGGCUCUGCUGUUUGAAUGUUACCAAGACAAUUUUGGAGUUCAGACAACCCACCUUUACAUCUUUGGCUCCAUUACCGUGGUGAUCAGCAUCUUGGGGGCUCAUGGAGCCCACACGGCAAACCUGAUGAGCCUAACUGUGUUCCUGGUGUGCACGUUCAUUGGAAGUCUGCUGAUGCUGAGAGCUGGAACUAUCGCUGCUGCAGCCCGACCAAACUUGGGGCAUGUGAUGGAGGAAAGGUUUCGUUUGCUUCUGCCACUGGAUCAGGCUUCAGGUGACAUCAGGGAUCAGGUUGAAAGACUACAGACAUCAUUGCACUGCUGUGGUCUGUUUGGCUACAAAGACUGGGAGAACAGCAUCCCUGAUUCCUGCCUGUGCAAACAGGAUGUAGAGGAAUGUCAGACAGUCAGCUACACAAACUUCCUGUUGAACUUUUUCUGCCAGAAGAAGUCUGUCUUCACACAGCCCUGCUUUCCCAUCAUCAGCAGCAGGGUUGUAAGAAAUGCCAACAUCACCCUGGGCGUGACCUUUGGUCUCUUUGUUCUAACACUCUUUGGCAUGGUGCUGUCAUCACUGCUGAUCUAUCAGAUGUAUAACACCAGCAUCAGGUUGAACUGCCAGUGGACGGGCCAGCCACCUGCCUACGAGCUGCUGGACGACGCGCCAGAGAAGACGCCUUCAGCCCCAAACCCUCCUCACAACUUUCAGUUAUAGAGCUGGUGUUAGUCUAAACCACCUAUACUAAAUCAAUCAAUUAAUCUAAUGGGACAUGACCUGAUAAAGACAGAGG